AUGGGAGCAGAAUCGUCAGUGUUAGCGAAGAAACCGGAAAUUGUUAGCCUCACUAGUGAACAGAUUCGACGAACUACUGAAUUAUUGAAGAAACGUACCAACGGCAAGGAAAACCUUAAUAAACAACAGUUUGAGGAAAUUUUUUCUGAGCUUCAACCUAUAACCUCCUUACUAUUCUUUGUGGAGGAUGACAAAGGUCGUUGCUCAAUUUCAAAUUUGAUUCGGUUAGCCGAUGGACUGCUUGGUGACACAGGUGCGCAAGCGGCAGCGUUAUUGCGAACAUUCGGUAAUACAGCGAAGGCGCUAGAAAGUGUUGUAUCGGUUUACGCACGAAGGCACGGACUUAGCGACAGCGAUUCGGCUGCGCUCCUAGAACACUUGACGUACGACGCUCCUACUGAAGCACGUCUUGAUCGAUGGCUAUUACGACACCCUUUUGCUUCCCAGAUGGUUCUACAUGUGUUCGCGCCACUUAUUUUUGAGGAAGGACCAUCGCUCCACCCAUCCACACCAUGUGAAUCACUACUACUUACUCACAGUGCUGUUUUGGUUAUUAACAUGCAGUUACCGAACGAAAGAAGGCAAGAGUGGACACUGUUGUUUUCAAGUGCACUUCACGGAUCCAGCUUCUCACAAAUUUCCAAGCGUAUCAAUGGAGAAGGACCAUGUAUAGUGGUUGUUAACUCGUCUAACGGCAACAUUUUUGGUUGUUUUGCUUCCGAAGGUUUCUUCAUGGGACCAAAUUAUCAUGGAAAUGCGACGUCUUUCCUAUUCCAAGUGAAGCCUCAUUUACGAAUAUUCUCCGCUACGGGGUUAACCAAUGAUUAUGCUUACCUCAAUGUUCAGCAAGUUAGCUUACCAAAUGGAUUGGGUAUUGGUGGUCAUGAGAAUGUGUGGCCGUUCUUCAUAGACGAAGAUUAUGGAAAAGGAAUCUCAAUGGCAAAUAUCAGCUCCUUUGAAAAAUGCCAUCUAGCUGACUGUGAUCAGUUCGAAAUAAGAUUACCUGCUGAAGAGGAAGAGAUGGUCAAACGUAGCGAAAAAUCGAUAAUUGAUAAGGCAGACCCUGAAGCUGUAGCUUUAUUGGAACUGAGUGGCCGUACAAUGCACUCUGAAGCUUACCGAGAACCGGCCCCUUUAUUAGACGAACCAUUCGAGAUCUAG